CAAUAUACUAGGCGUAAUCAUUAGUUGUUCAGUGCCAUUAUAUAGUUUUGGUUCUGUUUCCUGGAAGAUUAGUGCACUGAAAGAUGAUACCCUACUGUAAUCCAAACCCGAACAUGCUGUCAUUUCACUAGCUGCAUAGAAUGAAUAAUUCAGGAGGUUGGACGAGUUAACCGACUACUAGAGACAUCCGCAUCUGGGUUUAAUGCUGAGGUUCCACCUCAUCGUGACUCACAGGAAGGGAGCCACGUGUUUGAAAGCUAAUUUAACCUUUGUAUCCGCAUUUAAGGAAACUAGUCAUCCUACAGAUGUUUAUAAGUCAUGACUGGAAAACAGUAAUUGACAUAUGUGCCGCCAGAGCCCGGUAUUGAACAUGCCUCAGCCCAGAGUCAAGCUGGUGGUGACUGGAGAUGAUUUUGGGUACUGCGCCAGGAGGAACCGGGGCAUCGCCGAGGCUUUCCUGACGGGUGGCAUCUCCAACGCAUCUUUACUGGUGAAUGGAGCUUCUGCAGAACAUGCGGCCCAACUAGCCAAAAGACAUUGCAUUCCCAUAGGACUCCAUGCAAACCUGUCUGAAGGUGCUCCAGUCUGUCAGGAGCUGAGGCGGUCCACACUCCUUAAUAAAGAUGGCUUCUUUCAUGGCAAGAUGGGCUUUCGUGAAGUUCUGCGAAGUGGAAAAAUGAGCAUGACUGAUGUGGAGGUGGAGCUUAGGGCCCAGGUUAAACAUUUUUGUGAGCUCACUGGUCACCUGCCAUAUCACAUGGAUGGGCAUCAGCAUGUGCAUGUGCUGCCAGAAGUGCGAGAAGUGUUCGCUCGGGUUCUUUCUAAUUUUGGCAUCCAUUACACACGGGUCCCAGUGGAACCUGGUCUGCACUCCUGUCAUUUCCUACCUCCAAACCUCAAAGAAUUCUACUUGCAGGUUGAGAAAGAUGCACUCCAGUCUGUGGAAGUCUUCCACCGCCAUGGUAUCAGAUGGCCAGAUAUUUACAUGGGCCUCAGCACGAUGGGUCAAAACAUGUCCUUCUCCAACCUCAAAAGAGUCCUGAAAUUUGCUCUAGAGGAAAGGACAUCUAUAGGUGCCCUGGCUGACAGCCAUUGUGCGCCUGAGUCAUAUCGACCAAUCACAGCAGAGCUGAUGGUACACCCUGGAUACCCGAGUUUUCCUCUGCACGGCGGGUGCGGUGAAGGACCAGAUGACUUCUCACAGUCGUCUGAUCGUCUGCAUGAGCUUAACACACUCAAAGACCCGGUGCUGCUUAGUUACUAUCAGAAGCAGGGAAUCCUGCUCUGUGCGUUUAACGACUUCUGAAUAUUAAGAACCGCUUAACUGGGUCCUCAGGUGCUGCAAGUCUCAACGGGAUUUCUAAAAGACAAUGCCUGACUUCACUAAUAAGGUUUUCAUACUGUUCUCUUGGGAUAUAUUAAUUAAGCAGCUGCGAGAUUGUUUUUCGGAUCACUGGAACAUUUGAGAUCUUACCAACUGACCUAUCAAACCAUACACUUUACACUGUGACACUGAGAUUUGGGUUCAUGCUUCCAAUGCCCAUUAUUAGUGUUUUAGGUGCUUGCCUUAUUUGAAGAACCAGUGCAGAACACAACAAAACAUGGGCUGCAUUCUCAAAUCUUACAGUUAACUGGAAAACAUUUUACUUUAUUUUAACCAAAAGCAGACGUUUUAAAAUGUCUGAACUGUGCAAUAGGGUUGCAAUAUGAUGUUUUAGUUUUGACUGAGCAUGUAACGGUGAUUAUAUCUUUUAAAAUAAUAUAUAUUGUGUAUAUUUUUAUUACAUAUAUUGUAAGAAGUGUAGGAUAUUUUUAUGCCAUUACUUGAAUUAAAACCAUAACCAUAUUAUUCCAA